GAUAUUACUGAUAAUAAAAUAAUAAUAAAAAUUUCUAAUACUUAAUGGGAAACGCCAAAAGCCAUGCUCUGAAUGUCUCAUUGGUGGACCGUUGAAUGUCGACCUUCUCUUGGCCUUUUGACAACCCCAACAUACAUACAGGAGACAUGGCCCCACCCCCACAACCAAAUGGGAGGUGUGGGCACCACCUUUCCCUCUCAAAUCAUAAUACAUAGAUAUUAAUUAAUUUUUAUAUAUAUAUGCAUGCAUGCAUUCCUCUAAUUCUCACGUUUCCCAUCUCCUAAACACCCAUAACAUUCCACCAGAGAGAAGGGGAGAGAAAAAAAAAAAAGAAAAAGAAGAGGGGGAGAGAUUCCUAGUUGGUUGCUCCAACUAAAACAAUCAAAACAAGGAUCAGAUCUAUCCAUACCCUUUUUCUUGAAUAGAAUGGAGAGGAAAAGAGAUGCAGAAGCUGAACUAAACCUGCCACCUGGAUUCCGAUUCCACCCGACCGAUGAGGAGCUCGUUGUUCAUUAUCUCUGCCGCAGAGUCAUGCACCAGCCUCUCCCUGUUCCCAUCAUUGCCGAAGUAGAUCUCUACAAAUAUGAUCCUUGGCAACUUCCUGAGAAGGCUUUGUUCGGACAGAAAGAGUGGUACUUCUUCACGCCAAGAGAUCGCAAGUAUCCCAACGGUUCCAGGCCCAACAGGGCAGCAGGAACCGGAUACUGGAAAGCUACAGGUGCUGAUAAACCUAUCAGACCAGCAGGAAGCAGCAAGCAUGUGGGCAUAAAGAAGGCUUUGGUUUUCUAUGCUGGGAAAGCACCCAAGGGAAUCAAGACUAAUUGGAUCAUGCACGAGUAUCGUCUCAUGGAUCCAAACUGCCCGAAUAACAGGAAAGGCAGCUUAAGGCUAGACGAUUGGGUUCUCUGCCGGAUUUACAACAAGAAGAAUAGCUAUGAGAGAAUAGUGCAGCAAAACGAAGAAACAUCCCUCGAAGAGACUAUGGAUUCCUUUGAGGCUAUCGAAGACAUUGGAUCAGCCAGAACUCCAGAAUCGGAUGUUGAUAACAACUCAUUUUUAGAGCUGGAUAAUCUUGGUAGGACCAAAGGCUACACAUCUCAAGGUCCAAAUGGGGUGCAAGCAGUAAGAAUAGACAUGAUGGGCACUUUCCAGAAAGGGGAGUGUCUGAAAGAAGAUAAUGAAUGGUUUAUGAACUUGAAUCUAGAUGAUUUGCAGAACUCUCUUGCAACACAUGGGGGGACAUCGAUGCAGGAUUUGACAUACCAGGAUUUCCUCUUCUCAGGCCUUCGCUCUCCACAGUUUAAGACUUGCCAGAACCAGAUGUUACCCUUUUGAAACUUAGUAUCAGCUACUUGUGUACAGUGUAGAAGAAACCAAGGAAAAAAAAACCUGUAACUUCCUCCAACAUUAUAUCAGAUUCUUUUGUUUUUUCUACCUAGAAACAGAUGGAUCUGGAAAAAAAAAAGAAGCAGGACAGUGGUAGCAGUGUUAGUUGAUCCUAGUUCCAUUCGCACCCAUUGGAAUGGAUGUUGUACAUAUAUAGCUUUGUAGCAAUCUAUAACUUCAUUUGUUUUGAGAGAUCUGCUCCGUAUGGGAUUCAGUUGAUUUGUCUGUUCUUUCAGUUUU